AUGGCUGAACCCCCGCCAACGAGCUCUCGCAUCCCGCCUGGCACACCGUUGAACGAUCCUACACGACCUCACGGCGACUCGAUGGAAGAGCAAGACCCUCAGGGGACCCGGAAACGGCCUCGCCUGGACAGUGGAAGUGGUGUCAGUCCAUCUGUGUCCAUUGACGGUCCUGCUGUCGCGACUCCGACCACGACCGCGCCUGCCUCCGACAUGGACACCACGCCCGACCACGGGCGUCUGGCUAGUAAAGUGACCAUCAAUAUGAAGUCGCCGGGCUCCGACAUUCCCCUUGACACGCGAGACUCUUCCCCGAUGCCGCCAGGCACCACUGCGCUGCCUCCCGCGCAACCCGACACGACCCCGUCAAAUGUGAUCUCCCUCUCCUCUUCGCCUGCCCAGAGCCCGGAAAUUGAAGUCGCCGAGCUCGAGGAUAUGAACCAAGAUCCCAAUAUGUCGAACUGGAGGCCACUGGAGGAGGCAUUGCGCGAGAAAGCCUUGCCGGACGUUGUCGAGGUUGAUGAUACGGCACCGCUGAUCGACUCCUUCCCCAGAGUCAGGGAGCAUACUGGGGCGAGGGAGAGUCUGAAUAGAAUCUGCCUGAUGAUUGACAAGCUUGACUCACAUGACGCUCACGCGGUCUCGGAAGUCAAAAUUUGGAUAGACGCUUGCGUGCAGAACCUUGAUCGACUGACUGUCAAGGCCAUCAUGGAUGACCGUGGAUUCUGGGAGUCCUUCCCUACGUUAGUGGAAAUCAUCCUGCGCCGAAAACAUGAACUGCUCAUCGAUGAUGGCACAGGAAAAAGCCCAUGGGAUUGCCUUGAAGAGUUCAUUUUGGGUUUCGUGCAGCUCGCUCUGCAUAUGAUCCGUCUGGAGAUCAUGAUCUUGAGGCAACUGACCAGCGAGAAAGAUCCACAGCCUCCGGAAAGCCUGUCUCAGAAGUACCUGAACCCCAUGAUCUGGAUUCUCUCGUAUCAAACGGUUCCUUUUUAUUCGGGUCUGGAGCAAAGGUACCCUUCCGAACUGACUUCAAUGCUAUCCCGGGCUCGCGAAAAGGCCCUGGGACCUUCCAUCAACCUUGCCACGACGGUGGCAGAACACGCAUCUCUCCUGGUUGAAUUGAUCCCUCGGUUUCCACAACUAUCCAAUCCUUUGCUGUACCAUGUCCUUCUUGCACAAAACCUCAUUGACAGCUCAUUAACACGAACCGUGGAGCUUGACAACGAUACACCUGUCAGCCUACCGCGUUCAGCUCAGCUUUUGUACGACACAACCCGUUUGAUUGAUGACAGCUAUCGAGAGUGGGUGACCAAAAAGGCUCCAUGGGCUACCAGUGACUUCAGUGAGCAGCUGUUGCGCCAGCUUCCUCGAGUUUACAAUGCGCUAUGCCUCGGCUACUCCGAGCUCGUGGACCAGAUUGCGAACGACCUGUCCAUUCAGCUUCCGGCCGAUACAACCUUCUCGGAAAAUACCCUCAUCAUUUUUUGGGGAUGGAAGUUUGCCAUGUUGAAGAAACACAUCAUGGAAGGGCGAAUGGAGCUUCGAGUGCACGGAGUGGAAACCAUGCAGUCCGACCUGGUUUCCCUCUGGAAACAGAAUAUCUCUCCUAACCCGAAAGGUAUAUCGCUUCCGUUUAUUCAAUACCUGGUUCGCUUCAUUCUCGACAACAAGAUUGUCGACUACCUUGUCGGGGUCGACUCCCACCCUCAACUGAUCAGCCGAAGCAGCAACAUCAUCGGCUUUUUAAUUGUCACGAAUGCAUAUACCAACAAGGAGACCGAUAUUGUUUGGAAAACAGUCACAGAAAGUCAAGAUAGUCGGAUAGUCUCCGAGGUCUUGUUGAUGCUUUCUCGCACCUUCUAUGUGCAUGCCACUGGGGCCCCCGCCCUACUCUAUAUCUGUACCAAGAUUCUACAGCUUCCUUUAGACCGGUUCGAUGCUCGAAUUCUGGAAUUUUGCGACAGUCUGCUCGACAGAAUGUACGGCACCCCUUCUGACCGAGCUCUCUAUGAGCAGGUUGAUACGGUUGCGCUCCAGAUCUGUGCGCGUCUGAUUCGCGAAAGUACAGCAGCAGAAUAUCUUUCUGUCGAGCAAAAAAAGCAAUUGCAGGACCUUGGCAGCCGGCAGCUUACAAGCUUGAUCAAGGCUGGUAUCAGUGAGGUUGACAGGAUGGAUAUGUAUGAGCGCUGUAUCCAGGACAUUUCCGAAAUGAAUCAGUUCACUGUCGGAAGUAUUCAAGUCCUCAGCUCUCUGGUUCCGCGUCACGACACUCAGGAGAUGUGGAAGCUGGCCACCGACUUUGAUUUGACACGCCUCGUAAUCACCGACGUUCUCCACACUGUGAACAGCGACCAAGUGGAUUUGGUUGACGGCCUGUCACAACACGGAUUGAUCUCACGGAUCACCAUGUUGUUCCGUCUCAUUGAAAAGGUCCCGGAUACAAUCACCCCCGAACUUGGCAAAGCCGUGUGGGAUGAAAUAUUGCUGUCCAAGAAAUUGGAUCUCGAUACUUUCAAAGCUGUCUGGGUUCUGAUGAUCAAUGCUUUGAAAGAGAGCGACAAGUCCAACCCGUUUCUCAACCGGUGCAUCAAUGAAUACCUUCCUGCAAUCAAUCAAUUACGAAAUCCGGUUCAACCCCCACCCAUUGCCGCCGAGCACGAAGUUGUACUUAUUCCUGGAAUGGAUCGCAUUUGGAAUUUCAUUUUAACCGCGCCUCCGGGUACGAUUGAAGCCGAAGCGACAAAAUAUGCUAUUGAGGUCUAUCUGGACCAUGCAAUUAUCCGAAACUCGUUGCGGUCUGCAGUCGAAGCCACUCAUAUUGCUGCCGUGGAACGUUGUCUAGACCAGCUGAAAUCUGCUGCUGCGACCUUGAAGACACCUAAAGUCGAUGUCAGAGAUGGGGAUACGAUUAUGGAUUCUGAUAUCCCUAGCGAAAAAUUGGGAUCCGAGGAACUGAGAUUCAGACGUUCUUUAUUUUUCCUCCAUCAACUCCUGGGUGGUCUUCGAGCUCGCCCGCAAUACAGUUCCCCUAAGGGUUCGCCGCCCAUACUUCCCGAGCGUCCGCUAAAGGGUAAUCCGAUUGACAUUUCUUGGCAAUCAUUCAAUGGGAACUCGCACUCGAAAAUCAAUACUCUACGGAUCGGCGAACUCUCCACUGCCGCAGAGCUGGUCGAGCGACUUACCCUAAUCACUAGGUUCUCCAAGUUUACUGCAAUUUCUGGUGGCCAGCGGGUUGGGCUACUAGAUGACCCGGAGAUGUUUGUGAAAGAUAUGAAGCAUCUUCAAUCAGGCUUGCUUAUUCUUCGCAAAGCGCCAGAUGCCCAGGAAGUCACCCGAGACAGGCGCCAAUCCCUUACAUCUGUCGAUUCUGAGGUGCUCAAGCAUUUUGACGAGCUGUAUGAGCUGCUCGCUCUUGAUGAUGGCUUAGCCCGGGAGAUUUUCGAUUUCUUGGUCGCAUUUCCCCCUCAAGAUCGAGUUUUGGAUCUCGUGAGGCGUGAAAAUAGCAAUGCAGAGGACUUGUUCCCAUUCCAGAAGCCAUUUAUUGCUUUCUAUUCGUUCAAUGCUCUGCUCACUUCUCUUCGUGAGGAAGCCGUGAAGGAGACUCCCCAACAGAGCUUCGUAUCCCACAGCAUCAAGACCCUGGUGACGUUCUUAAUGUCUGAUAAGCUUUCUGUUGCACUUGCGGAGAAUCAGAGCGGAUUAUCUCUUGCUAAAUCUGCAGUCGAAUGCCUCCUAGUAGCAGCUACUGUUUACAGCCCAACGAAUGAGACGCCACUGUUGGUUGAAGAUCCAGCUUCCCUUGUUAGGCGGCUUCUCUACUUCAUUGAGACCGCUCGAUCUGCCGCCAAAAAUUCAGAACUGAAUCUCCUCAUCAUCCACAAGUUGAUGUGCAAUUCUUUCGCUGUCUUGAUUGAAGUCUCGAUACGUGACCCACUAUUCUGGGAUGUAGUCAAGCAAGAGGCAGAGUUCGGCCGCUUGCUCCAGACAUUGCUUCUCGAGGAGACCAAGCAGCCGGUCCGGAAUGAUGUGUUAGAGAGAAUCCGGAUGACUUAUAGCCCUUCGAAAUUCCUCAAAUCUUCAAAGAUGACUACCGAGACGCCACAGACAGUACCCGCAGAAAGUCCAGUACGGAUUGAUAUGCUCGCUACUAUCUGGAACGCCUUUGUACAGAUUAUUCCACGGACUUCGGAAUUCGCUGCUCAGUCCUCCGAGUUUUUCAAAAUCGCACUAUGGGUUUUUCGAUCUGUCGCGGAGAAGUCUCCAAGAGACGUCAUCUUCAGCCAGUACCUUCGUCAAUGGAGCGAGGUGAUGCUGCAGCACCGAACCGAGGAGUUUGUCGGACGCGAGCAAGCCGAUAAUUUGAUUCUAGGUUUUGCUUUGCUGUUGGAGCAGUGUCUUGAGUUGGCUGAUUCUGCGAAUGUCAAACUCGAAACCUUUGGCCUCGCGGAGAAAAUCCUGGGUAUUUACCUUUUCCCAGAUCUCAGCCCAGAGACGAACGGUCCGAUUACCCCCCAAAUCCCUGUCAUUCACAAUCCGACCCGUCAAAGGCUUUACAAUAUUGUCAAGCUGCUUUGCAAGCAAAAUGAUGACAAUGUCACACAAGUUAUGGAAAUUCUUGAACAGGUUGUUCCGCGAGACGUAUCAUAUGGCCCGAAUUGGUGUCAUGACCGGUCGAAGAUGAUCAGGGCACCCGAGGGUUAUGCGGGUCUUAAGAACCUCUCAAACACAUGCUACUUAAACUCUCUGAUGACCCAGCUGUUCAUGAACGUCGAGUUCCGUGACUUUCUCCUCAAGCUUGACGUUGUGGAUUUCAAUGGCUCGCAGAAACUUCUUGGUGAAACCCAGAAACUCUUUGCAUGGAUGCAAGACACAUGGACUAAGAGUGUUGAUCCGCAAGACUUUGUUGAGAGCAUUCAAACCUAUGACAACGAAGCCAUUGAUGUCACAAUUCAGAUGGAUGUUGACGAGUUUUACAACCUUCUCUUCGACCGUUGGGAGGCUCAAGUUGUGGACCAACAGGAAAAGAAAAAGUUCCGAUCUUUCUAUGGAGGCCAGCUUGUGCAGCAAAUCAAGUCGAAGGAAUGUGACCACAUUUCAGAGCGCCUUGAACCAUUCUCAGCUAUCCAGUGCGAUAUCAAGGGCAAGGCUUGCCUCGAGGAAAGCCUACAAGCCUAUGUUGAGGGGGAAAUCAUGCAAGGAGAUAACAAAUACUCCUGCACCGGAUGCGAUCGCCAUGUCGAUGCUGUUAAACGAGCUUGCUUGAAGGAUGUCCCCGACAACCUCAUUUUCCAUCUCAAGCGAUUUGACUUCGACAUGGUCACCAUGAUGCGGAGUAAAAUCAACGAUGAGUUCAGAUUUCCGCAGCUUAUCGACAUGACCCCAUAUAAGGUGGAGUAUCUUUCAGAUCCCACCGCACCUGUGGAGCCAGAUUUCUUCGAAUUAGUUGGCGUUCUUGUCCACACUGGCACUGCCGAAUCAGGUCACUACUACUCUUAUACACGAGAACGGCCCGGCGCUGGAUCCGUGCCCCUAUGGGUCGAGUUCAAUGAUGCGGAUGUCUCCAACUUUGAUCCAUCCACUCUCGCGGAUCAGUGCUUUGGCGGUCAAGCAGAAGCAUCCCAUGCUAUGAGCGGAGUCCAUGUCAAUAGGGUCUGGAAUGCAUACAUGUUGUUCUACCAGCGGGUGUCCACCAUGGAAAAGUCCAAAGAAGUCUACAGCCCCACGAAGCCCAACUAUCCAGCCCGCGUUCCCUUACCUACUCAGCUUUCGAACAGGAUCGCCAUCGAGAAUGAGAUUUUCAUUCGAACAUACUGCCUUCUGGAUCCAUAUUAUGCUCUAUUAGUGCCCUCUCUUCUCCGUCGUGUGCUGGACAUGGACCCUGAGCAUAAUCGAAAGCGCCAGCUUGAACCGAUGGCAAUGGACAUCGGCCUCGACACGCUGGAGCAACUUGUUGCCCGAACUAAAGACCACAUGGGGCAUGAAAGCAUCACUAAUGAAAUUUGGAGGCUGAUGAAUCAAAAUCCAAGAAACGCUCUUCGGCUCCUUGAGUGGUUCAGCAACCGAGCGACCUCACUUCGCAAUCUUCUCCUGAAAGUUUCUCAUCCAGAAGUUAAGAACAAAGCAAUUGCUCUCAUUUUGGCGUCUGUCACCAGAAUUCAAAAUAUUCUCAGAUCCCCAAAUAUCGAUGAUACUGAGCGCAAGGCUCUGGAGAGCAAGUUUUAUGGGUUUGUCGAAAUAAUUGUGAAGAUGGCACAGAUUCUAUGGUCCUCUGUGCAGAGUAUUCCUCGUGUAUGGGAAGAAUACUUUGAUUUCCUUAUAGGCCUUCUUGAAUGCGGCGAGGAAAUAAUAGGGAUUUUGCUUGAGAACGGCGUCUUUCUCAGGUGCUUGGAGAUCUUGUGGAUCGACAACGAGGAUCAACAAAAGCUGAAGGCUUCGUAUCCGGGCUACUCUAGACUGCUGGACAAAGGUCGGCGCUUUUCAUAUAGAGGCUUGAUGAUCCUCACCUCAAUGUUUUUCGGCAACAUGGAUCUAUCCCUUCCGCCAGUUACACACAAUGCGCCCCGUCCCAUCUCACCCGAUGGCAAAUUCCCCCUUAGCUUGCUGGAAAGCAAAUACGUCAAGCCUUUGGAGGGAUCGAGUUCUUCCGACGAUGAUGGCGCUAUUGCGCUUUUGAUGAAGAUCCUCCAGCAAGACGCUCUGUAUCACCAACAAGCGAUUCGUGACAUCAUGGCCUCUUUCCUCGCAGCGGAGCCACAGGCAGACUACCUGCGCAAUAUUGAAAAGACCUUGGAUAUUGGGCUGCGACUAUCACCGGCCGAGCUAUGCAUCCCAUUCCUUGACGCAGCGUCCUCAUUUUGUGCACAUUGCCCCGACGAGGUCGCCGUGAUUGACGUUGUCAACUUCGUCGCAAAAGGGGUGGAUUCUAUCAAUAACAGCGCAGGCGCGGAGCACCUGGAAUUCUUCCGUCGUCUCUGCAACACGUCCAAUGACCGAGCCGGGUUGGAAAUUGAAUGGUUCACUGCCCUUGUUCAAGAAAAAAUCCCUGAUUUUUGCCCGACUCUACUCAUUGACACGGAUCGGUCUGUCCGACACGGGACUUCUGAGAUGCUCCAAAACAUGCUUUUCCUUGAGGAAAAUGAGUCGCCUGAUGAAAAUGCUCGAGCACGUUCUAGAAGAAUUGCUCGUGAGCUAACUAGCACAUGCAUGGACCGUAUUAGGUCUUCUUGCCUUGAAAGCAAUGUCCAAACCAUUGAAUCUAGACUUGUCCACCACAUCAUGACCAUUGUCAAUUAUUGCCUGGCGAACUUCUUUGAUGACGAAAACGACGAGGAUCAGCAAUUUAUUCAACUGGCGACUGCUGCGCUAUCAAAUCUCGAACAAAUGACUGUCGAUGUCCCCGACGAUCUCGUAUCAGAAUCCGAUUUGCCCUCCCCAGAGGAAUGGGAGGCCACAUCUGCAAUGGCCAGCGACUCUGAGAUGGGGAUCGCAGGGUCACCCUAG